UCUAACAAUACAGAUCAACAUCUCUGGUUGUUACCUAGUAGGCCUUUAUUAUUGAAGUUUCCUUCUUGUUCCUGAUCUUCUAGCCAAACAUAAAUGGCAAACUCCAACUCAAAUUUCUCUUCUUCUUCACCACCAAAAGAGUACGAUGUGUUCUUGAGCUUCAGAGGUGAAGAUACCCGGAAAAAUUUUUCGGGUCAUCUUCGCAAUGCUUUGCGCCAAAAAGGAAUUCACACUUUCUUUGAUGAUGACAAACUUGAAAGAGGUAAAGAAAUCUCCCCGGAAUUGCUGAAAGCGAUUGAAGAUUCUUACACUUCAAUCAUCAUUCUCUCGGAAAAUUACGCUUCUUCGAGUUGGUGUUUGACUGAACUGGGCAAUAUUGUUGAAUUUAUGGGAGUCUCGGGAAAGAUACUGCCAAUUUUCUAUCAUGUAGAUCCAGGCCAUGUAAGGAAUCAGAGUGGGAGUUAUGGAGAAGCAUUCAAGAAACAUGAAGGAGAUCAAAGGCACAGCUCAGAAAAGGUGCAAAGCUGGAGGGAUGCUCUGAAAACGGUCGGAAAUCUAGCUGGUUGGCAUGUCAACGAUACAACGGACGAAUCAAAGUUCAUACAAGACUUUAUUGUAGAGGUAUCAAGAAAACUUGGUGUUAGGUCGACGAAAACAUUAGAUGGUUUGUAUGGAAUGCAUUCUCGUCUGAAGAAAUUUGAUUCAUUUGUUUGUCGAUCUUCUACUGAUGUUCGGUUUAUUGGAAUUUGUGGAAUGGGGGGUAUCGGCAAGACAACUUUAGCCAAAGCUUAUUAUAACCAAAUGUCUGAUACAUUCGAAGGUAGUAGCUUUCUUGCAAAUGUUCGAGAAGUUUGUAAAAAGAAAGAGAAUGGCCGUGUGCAUUUGCAAAAUCAACUGCUUUCAGACACUUUGAAAGACAAAGAUAUUGAAAUCGGAAAUGUUUAUGAUGGAAUAGACAUGAUAAGAAGAAGGCUACGCAAGAAAAGCAUCAUUGUUGUUCUUGAUGAUGUAGACAAAAUGGAACAAAUAGUUGCACUUGCUGAGAAAAAUGAUUGUUUUGGUGCAGGGAGUGUAGUCAUUGUGACAACGAGAGAUGAAAGUUUGCUAACAAAUGCAUACAAAGGAAGUAAAAUUUAUAAAGUUGAGCAACUAAAUUAUAAAGAAGCUCUUCGACUAUUUUCUUUGAAAGCCUUCCCAAUUAGUAGUACUACUAUUUUGAAAGAUUACAAGGAGCUCUCUGACCAAGUGAUAGAAUAUGCCAAUGGUCUUCCAUUAGCUCUUGAAGUACUGGGUUCAUUUUUAUGUGGCAAAAGCAAAACUCAGUGGAUGGAUGCAUUGGAAAGAUUGAAAAACUAUGCAGAGAAGGACAUUGUUGAAAAACUGCGCAUAAGUUUUGAUGAUCUUAGGGAAACAGAUCAACAAAUUUUCCUGGAUAUUGCUUGCUUCUUCAAUGGAUAUGACAAAGAUUAUGUUAUAGAAAUAUUGGAGAGCUGUGAGUUGUAUCCUACAAUCGGGAUACAAACUCUUGUUGAUAAAUCUCUUGUUGUUCAAAAUGGUAACAAGCUCUCGAUGCAUGAUUUGUUACAAGAAAUGGGAAAGGACAUUGUUCGACAAGAAUCACGUAGAGAGCCAGGAAGACGAAGCAGGAUAUGGGAUGCGGUUGAUUUUAAACGUAUUUUACAAAAGAAAACGGGAACCGAUAAAAUCGAAGGCAUACAAAGCUUUCUAGAAGAAAGCACAAAAUUGAUCAGCUUUGAAGCCUUGUCAAAUUUGAAGAACCUAAGAUUACUCAUGAUUUUCGGUUCCUAUUUAUCACCAACUACAAGUGAUGGUUCGACACCAAAUCUUGAAUAUCUUUCGGAUGAAUUAAGGUUGCUUGAAUGGAAUGGAUUUCCCUACAAAAAUCCCCCAUCAAGUUUCGAACCAAAUGAACUUGUUCAUUUGAAGUUGAUCAAAAGUAAUAUCCAACAACUUUGGGACAACCCUAUUGAGCUAUACAAAUUGAAGUCCAUUGAUCUAAGCGAUUCGAGAUGUUUUAGGAAGUUUGAAAACUUUGAAGUAGUCCCAAAUUUAGAGAAGUUAAUUCUUAAAGGAUGCAUAAAACUAUCAGAGAUUCAUCCAUCCAUCACAGUUCUUAAAAGGCUUGCUUUGCUCAACCUGAAAGAUUGCACAAGUUUAAUAAAUUUACCAAGAAGAAUACAAGGUUUGAAUUCUCUCAAAAUUCUUGAUCUCCAUGGUUGUUCAAAGCUUUGCAAAUUACCAGAGGACUUGGAGGAAUUAAAGAGUUUGGAGGAGUUUGAUGUAACAAAAAGUGGUUUAAGAUACUUACCACCUUCAAUCUUUCUUAUGGGAAACCUCAAAACUCUGUGUUGUGAAGGCAUUGUACACUCAACGAUAAAGACUAACAUAAUCAACCGUUCUGUUGGGCGGAACCACUGUUUCUUGCCCGGCGAUCUCUCGUCCUUAAACAUGUUGAAUCUGAGCAAUUGUGAUAUUACUGAUGAAUCAUUUCCUGGAUUUUUUGGCUGCUUUGUUUCUUUAGUAGAUUUAAAUCUCAGUGGAAACCCAUUUUCAGCCUUACAUCCCAGUAUCAAUAAACUUUCCAAUCUUAGAUAUCUAAACUUGAAGUAUUGUGAAGGCUUAAGAAAAUUGGGACCAGAGCUUCCAUCGAGUUUAAAGACAGUUUGGGUUGAUCAGUGUUCUUCAUUGAACUCAUUCUUGGAUCCAUUAGAGCCAUGCCAAUUACGCUGUUCAGCAUUUUGCGCGGACUGCUUCGAAUUGGUAGAGAGGCAAGACAGCAACGCAAUAGCAUUUUCAUCACUCAAAAGAUUUAUUCAGGAUCCCCUAGAUCCAAGCUUAGGUUUUGAGAUUGUUCUACCUGGAAGUGAAAUCCCAGCUUGGUUCAUGGAACAAUCUUCAGGCCCAUCAAUUAAUAUAGAAUUAGAUCCAAAUUGGUGCACCAAUAAAUGGAUCGGUCUUGCUCUGUCUGUUUGCUUUUGUGUUGAGUCCUCGGAUGAUGAAAUUUAUUGCGAAGUCGAAAGCAGAAAUUGGAGGUCUAGAAUGCUGAGGACUAUUACAGAUGUUGAAAGUGAAAGUUUUGAAAAUCACCUUUGGUUGUUUUAUUUGCCUCGUGAGAACUUCCCCGAAGACUGGAAUAGCUGCAGCAACCUUGAGUUUUCAUUUUACGCUGAAUCAACGAACAACAACUCGUACUUUGGACCGUGUGGUGUCCGUUUGGUAUACGAGAAAGACAUAGAAAACUUUAACCAAAUUGGCAGCGAAGAAUUCUCUGAUCAAGAGGAUGUGAGUUCCUCAAGUACAUCAAAGAGGGUGGAGAAUGUGAUAACUCCUACAGUAAGCAAGGGUCUGAUCUCAAGUGGUCAUAUGAAAAAAUUGGAUCUAAGCAAUGGAAGUCUUUCAGAUGAAGCAUUUCCUGAUUUUGGCAACUUGGUAUUUUUGGAAGUAUUGAACCUCAGCAAGAAUCCAUUUUCUGUACUACCUUCCAGUAUUAAUAGACUAUCCAAGCUUAGAGAUCUUGAUCUGACUUACUGUGAAGGACUAAGACAUUUGGGGCCAGAGCUUCCACUUAGUCUAGAAAACGUCAGGGUUGAUUAUUGUUCUUCAUUGAGCUCAUUCUUAGAUCCAUCAAAACCAUGCCACUUGCUGUGUUCAGCAUUUUGUUCGAACUGUUUUGAGUUGGUAAAGAGGCAAGACAGCAAAUUGACAGCACUUUCAGCGCUCAAAAGAUUCCUUCAGGAUCCACUUAGUACAAGCAGAAGAUAUGACAUUGUCGUUCCAGGAAGUGAAAUUCCAACCUGGUUUAUCAAACAAUCAUCGGUGGCAUCAACUUCUACCAAAAGAAAAUCACCGGAGACAUCAAUAAGUAUAAAACUACGUCCGGAUUGGUGCGAUGAGAAUUGGAUGGGUUUUGCUCUCUCAUUAUGCUUUCGUAAUGCCUGCCAAGAUAAAAUUUUCUGCGACAUAAAAAUCAACGGACAGAAGUGGGGUUUUGAAACCCUACAAUGUCCCUCGCCAAGUGAAACCUCGGAUCACCUAUGGCUCUUCUAUCUGCCACGUGGAUUGUAUUUCCGUUCAGAUUGGCAGAAUAGUCAAGGUCGCAGCCACAUUGUGUUUUCAUUUUAUACAAAUUCUUAUGAGCCUGAUUUCGAUUUCUCUCCCUGUGGACCUUGUGGUGUCCGUUUGGUAUAUAAGAAGGACAUACAAAAAGUUGACCAGGAUUAAUUACCACCCAAUAUUAGGUGGGAUAG